CGAUGGUAGUGAUUGAUCUGAUCCACGUGGGAUCUGGAUUGGGCCGGGUCCAAGCAAGAAUAUGGCCACACGAUGCAGGCGGAUAAAAAAAUGCAUCGAACUUGACUCUUGUUCAUAUAAGGCGAGACAGUCUUUUUCAGAGGCUGAGUCAUUGGUAGGAGAAGGGGUUGGCCGGCUUUGUUCAAUGAUUGCUGAGUCUAGAUUAUUCACUUAAACGAUCUCUUUGUUCCUUUUUGCCGUGCUUCAAUAUCUACCCGCUUCCUUGGGCUUGGAGUCAUGAAGCGUGUAAGCAUGGGUUUUGCAGAGUUUCAGUCCCGCCACUUGCUUCUUGGUAUUGCUCUUGCAUUGUGCUUUAACCAAGUCUCCUCCACCUCCAACGAAACAGACAGGCUCGCGCUGCUCGCUUUCAAGGCUGGCAUAACCGGAGAUCCUCUGGGCGUGCUCAACUCAUGGAACAAUAGCAUUGGGCUUUGCCAGUGGUAUGGCGUCACGUGCGGUCGGAGUCACCAGCGGGUCACGGUCCUGGAUUUGCGAUCACGAGGACUCUCUGGAUCAAUCUCUCCUCAUAUUGGGAACCUCAGCUUCUUGACAGAGUUACGGCUCCAAAACAACAGUCUCAAUCACGAAAUCCCCCCACAAGUCGGCCGGUUACGCCGCCUUCGCAUCUUACUACUAGCCAACAAUUCGCUCGUCGGUGAAAUUCCCAAAAACAUAUCAGCUUGCUCUAACCUUGUCAGCCUUGUCCUUCAAUUUAACCAACUAACCGGAGAAAUUCCCAUAGAAAUCGGUUCAUUGUCAAAGCUACGCUUUUUCUAUAUGUAUAGUAAUAAUCUCAUUGGGUUUGUACCUUCGUCCAUAGGGAAUUUAUCUUCACUGGAGAUCCUUUCUUUGACCCUGAACAACUUGGGUGGAAGCAUUCCCCAAGUUCUCGGCCACCUGACAAACUUGCAAGUCCUUGCCUUUGGAGGAAACAGAUUAUCAGGUACGAUUCCAUCUUCGCUACUCAAUCUCUCUUCGCUAGUUCAGUUUGAUGCCGGAAACAACCGGAUACUGGGGACUCUUCCUGCUGACAUAGGCCUCAAGUUGCCGGAUCUUGUAUUCUUUAGCGUUCUUGGGAACCAACUUGAGGGGCCGAUUCCUCCCUCGAUAUCAAAUUGGACAAAGCUAGAUAAGCUUCAACUUGGAGAUAAUAGAUUCUCAGGGAAAGUACCUUCUUUGGAAAAUUUGCAUGAGCUUAGUUGGCUUCAAGUCUAUAUUAAUCAGCUUGGAAGUGGAAAACCUGAAGACUUGAGCUUCCUUUGCUCGUUAACUAACAGCACCAGAUUACAGUACGUGGGAAUUCACCAGAACAAGUUUGGCGGGGUGUUGUCAAAAUGUAUAGGCAAUUUAUCCACCACUCUCACAACAUUUACUUCAAGCGAGAAUCAAAUAUCUGGUGAGAUUCCAGAAGAAAUAGGGAAUUUUGUCAACCUGCGAUUAUUGGUUAUGGGUCUCAACCCGCUUUCAGGUGUCAUCCCCUCAAAUUUUGGGAAUCUGCAAAAUCUGGCAACACUGCACUUAAGUUACAGCAACCUGGGAGGGGCCAUCCCAUCUUCUUUGGGAAAUCUAACCAAGCUGAUUGCACUAUAUCUUGGUGGGAAUGACUUUCAAGGGCAGAUUCCUUCGCAUCUAUCAAACUGCCGGUCUCUUAAUCUGCUCGAUUUGUCUGAUAACAAUUUGAGUGGCGUCAUACCCCCGGAACUUAUAGGCCUCUCGUCAUUGGCAAUCCUUCUGAACUUGUCUCGUAACCAUUUGGGCGGUGUUCUACCCACAGAAGUUGGCAACUUAAGAGCUUUGACUGCUUUGGACAUCUCGAACAAUUUGUUGGAAGGUGAAAUCCCAACUAGUUUAGGUGAUUGUACUGCAUUGACAUCACUUAGGAUGGGGGACAACUCUUUCCGAGGGUUGAUUCCUCAAUCAAUCAGAUCGUUGGGAGGCAUUGAAGAACUAGAUCUUUCUCGCAACAAUUUGUCGGGUCGGAUCCCAGACUUCUUAGCUGCGUUUCGUUUCUUGAAACUUUUGAAUUUAUCGUACAAUAAUUUUGAAGGCAUACUGCCACGUGAAGGAGUCUUUAAUAAUGCAACCGGUAUUUUUAUUGUUGGGAACAAUGAGCUUUGUGGCGGAUUGCCAGAAUUUCACCUGCCUAACUGUAUCACCAAAAGCUCCCAUCGCAGAAAGAUCAAUAUAGUGAUAUUGUCGACUUACGUUACUUUUGGAAUUCUUGGAACGGCUCUUAUUCUGGCUUUCAUAUGUCUUUGUUGGGUGAAGAAGAAAGUAAAUGAACCACUUUCAAGUUCAGUGGAUGAUACACGUUCGAACAUUUCUUAUGCAGCACUUCUAAAAGCAACUGACGGUUUUUCUUCAACGAACUUGAUCGGUGUUGGAAGUUUUGGUUCUGUUUACAAGGGGAUACUUGAGGACAAUGGAGGUGCUGCUGCUGUGAAGGUGCUUCAUUUAGUUCGUCAUGGUGCCCCGAAAAGCUUCAUAGCCGAGUGCGAAGCAUUAAAGAAUAUCAAACAUCGAAAUCUUUUGAAGAUACUGGCAGUUUGCUCGGGUAGUGAUUAUCAAGGAAAUGAUUUUAAGGCCUUAGUUUAUCAAUUUAUGGACAAUGGAAGCCUCGAGCGGUGGCUCCACCCAAAGGCAAUAUCACUCGAUAGGCAAGAGCUCCCGAAAAAAUUAAAUUUCAUUCGGAGAAUGAAUAUUGCUAUUGAUGUUGCUUUUGCAUUGGAUUAUCUUCAUCAUCAUUGCCACAUCCCCAUCGUUCAUUGUGAUCUAAAGCCAAGCAAUAUCCUCUUAGAUGCUGAGAUGGUCGCACAUGUUGGGGACUUUGGAUUGGCAAAAUUCCUUCUUGGAUCAUCCGCAGAUACUGUUGCUAAUCGAGUGAGCUCAGUGGGUCUUAGAGGGACAAUUGGUUAUGCUCCGCCAGAAUAUGCAAUGGGAUGUGAGGUUUCAAGAGAAGGCGACGUCUAUAGUUAUGGCAUUCUCUUGCUGGAGAUGUUCACCGGGUUGAGUCCCACCGACGACACAUUCAUAGACAAUUUGACUCUUCAUAGUUUUGUCACAAAAGCUUUGCCCGAACGGGUGCUCGAAAUUACGGACAGCGUUUUGCUUCAUGAAAGAGCAAGCCAAUUAGGCCCCCACAGCCCCAGGCAGCAGCUCUUCGAUAGCAACGACAUAUUUCAAGAGUGUCCGGUCACGGUGUAUAAUAUUGGAGUUGCUUGUUCAUAUGAAGAGCCUAAAAGGCGGAUGAGCAUAAGCGGAGUCGCAAAUCAGCUGCAUAAGAUUAAGGAGAAACUCUUUGCAUUGUGUUCGGAUGGACGAGAGGAACUACUAACAGCUGAUAUUUAGCUGUUAUACAUUGAGGGUUGUUUACGCAAGCGGAAGCGCACAGGUGCCUGAAAAAGUGAAUUUCAAAAGGGCCAGAGUGGUAGUUUUCCUUGGAAGUUUGGGUAAAAAAGUUCGGUAACUAAACUGGGACUGCAAACAUUCCACCAGGAGCUGAAGAAAGCCGUCCGAUACUGCGGAUCUCUUGGUCAAGGCAGCUUCAAACUGUUGCAGCAAGCUGCUGGAUCGUAUCUGUUGCAUCUGCUUGAUCCAAACUUGCUCCUAUGUGAAUGACCAGUGUGCAGUCGUUUGCAACUCUGCACCAUCCUUGCUUGUUUACGGUGCAUCGGUUGUUGUGGCGAAAUCUGUAACUGCUGUUCAUGUCUCUAGCAAUACCGACCAGCACGUCUAAAGAUCCGUGUUAUGUCAUGUUGGUGAUUGUGUUAAUUUUAUCUCUUCCUUGUGUGGACUAUAGUUAACAGUGAUGUAUAGUUUCUCAGAGGUGGACUGCACGCGUAUUGCAGACAACAUGUUUUGGAAUGAAGUUUUUGCCCAUGUGGGACUGGGGAAAGUCAUUUUGAUUGCAGAAGAAACUUAUACCAUUGAAGAAUAGAUUGA